UUUAUAAAUAAAUAAUAAAUUUGUAUUGAAUAUUAGUUUUGUAAAAAUUAAUCGCGAGUUAAAAGAGUAAAUUAAUUAAAUGUUAAUAGAAACUGUUUAAUAUUUUUGUUAACUACAGAAUUUAGGUUAAAGGUGAAAUUAAAACAAACAAUUGUUAACUAAAUUUGAGAUUUGCUGAUUUAUUUGUAAAAGAUAUGAAGAAUUAAAUGUCAUGAUUGUAGGAAUUAAUUUUAAUGAGCGAUAAUUUGAAUAAAAAACUAUAACGUGAAAAUUUGAAAAUUCAAAAAAUCUAAACACAUUUUUUAUUGGAUGUAGCAGAUGGAGAAAUUUUUGAAAAUUAAAUUAUGAAGCAGUCGAAUAUAAAAAUUUGAACUGAAAAUAUAUAAUUUUAUAAUUAAUUGGAAUAAUAAAAGAGCAAAUGAUUAAAGUAAAUAAUUGGAGUGAAAAUUUUGUUGGGUAUUUUUAUAAUUUAAAUGAAAUUAAAAACCUCCGAUUUAAUGUUAUAAAUAGCGUAAGGAAAAUAAAUUUAUGACAGUGAUACUUUAAUAUGAAGUUAAAUUUAUAAAGAAAAAUAAUGAAUAAUUUAACGGGACAAUUUCGUAAAACAACAUGGGAUCCAAUACUAAUAAUAUCACAAAUAAUAGCUGUGCAAACAGUUAUGUACUUUUUUCUCGGGGUGUGGAUAUGGAUGUUAACAACUUUAUUGGGCGAAACAAAGUCACUUGAUUAUGCAUUUCAAUACAAAGAAAUCCAUGUAAGAGAUCACGGUGGGCGAUUAGUUAUCGCUGUGUUUAUAAUAAAUUCAUUGAUUGGAUCAAUGGCACUUUGGUGGUUGGUACAGAGGACAAAACAAUGCCUCGAUUUUGCUUGCACUGCUCAUUUAAUUCAUUUGAUUAUUUGUUGGAUAUACAAUUCAAGUUUUCCCACGACAUUCAGUUGGUGGUGUUUGAAUAUUGUCUCAACAACAAUCAUGUGCGUUUGUGGUGAAUUUUUGUGUAUGAAAACGGAGUUCAAAGCGAUACCGCUUGGUAUGAACAGUCAAAAAACAGCCUUAUAAAUAAUAUAUACUAAUGCUUUUUUUAUUUGUAAAUUUUAUUUAUUUAAUGCUAGUAAUAAAUAUGUAAAAUAAGAGUUUAAUAAAUUUUUAUUAAAUUAACUCACUUGUACAUUAUAUAUCUAUAUUUUUAUUUUUGUUUACUAUAUAAAUAUUUUUUACUUGAUUUAUUUAUAAAUUAAUGAUGAUGAUCUUCCUUGUAAAAUCUCAAGCCGCAGUAUCCACAAAUAUGAUUUCCAGGUUUAU